UUCUCGAGAACUAAACGCUGUUUAUCUUAUCUAUAACAAAAUAUGUACCUUCGACACGAUACUCGAGGACACAUAAACGAAGAGUUAAACCGCAACGCGACCUUCGCUACUUUGUUGGAAAUAGCUCCCUUAUGAUGUAUUCCUUUGCGAUAAACUGCAUCGUCUCGUUCCUUUUGGAAUUAACGUCUAAAGUGGCACAGCGAUGGUGCACAACUCGCGAGUACUUUAAUCGCAUUGCCAACAAAGACGCCAUUGUCGUAAUGCUGCGCUCGGUGUCAGAUGAUACGCGUGUGCCAACAGUCGCACGAAUGAGCGGUCUUGUGCGUCUCAAAUCCUCAUCCAACCUGAUCACGUUGCGUCGAUCCGGGGAAUUUCGUAAAACUCGUGUUUUCGACCGUCGCACGAUUUUCUGGUCGAUUUGACGAACAAUAGCGAACACGUGACAUUAGGCGUGCGCGUAGAAAUAAAUCAUGGGACGAGAAUACCAACUGAUCCAUGGUCGUCGUUUUUCGAUCGAAGACGUCAGCGUACAAACAUGGCGGCACUCGGAAUAACUCUUCCAGACUAUACUUCAGUGCGAGAGGAGGAGCUAAUGUGUGUUGGAGUCAAUCGCAAAGUAGGAAAGAUGCUAACGGCCAAGUCAGAACCGUUCAUUCAAACUUUACCAAUUCGGAGGAAUACCUACAUCUGCAGUACAACAUAGCCGUGCAACAGUGCACUGGCAGAGAAAGACCGGACUCACUGGUCAGAAUCACGUCUGGUUACCACGAGUAUCCAUUUACCUUCCAGCUACCCCAUAGCAUUCCGAGCAGCUUCGAACACUACUAUGGACACAUAAGAUACACGGUGAAGGCCAUGAUGGAUAGGCCAUGGAAGUUUAAUCACGAAUGUAAAACAGCGUUUACCGUUAUUUCACCUUUAGACUUGAACGAGUAUCGUGCAAGAUGCUUGGGAAUCCAAGACGAAGUGGUGGAAAAUUUCUGCUGCCUUUGCGUGAUCAAUCAAGGUUCGAUAAGGGCGGAAAUCACAAUGCCUUUCACCGGAUAUGUUCCAGGACAGUCAAUAAACACGAUACUAGACUAUAAGAAUUCAUCGAGUAGCGUAGAGAUUUCAAAGGUCACUACCAAACUAGCGAAAAAAAUCGACUUUUACGCGAACUCGCCGUACAGCAAAACGCAAACUAGUAACGCUGUACUAAAGUCCACGAGCGACUCGGGACCGUUCUCGGCCCGUGGCCGAGUUGUAUCGAAUAUUCUGGUACCACCUAUACCACCGUCUCACCUCAAAUAUUGCAGCAUAAUAAACCUGGAGUACCAAGUGAUCGUCACUGUCCACGUCUCGGGACCGCACUGUAAAAUCGAGAAGAGUUACCCUCUUCUCAUCGGUACGGUACCACUUUAUUGUCCUCCUUCUGCACCACCUAUGGAGGAUGCGAACGUCGUGCCUGUCCCGUCGGUCGUGAGACAAAACACGCCAGUGAUAAUAACGGUACCGUUGCCGAUGACGGUGUCACCGGAGCAAUUUAACGCACCGUAUCCUCAAACAGGAGCCCAGAAUCGACACAUGGGCUUCGUUCAUCCGGACCAGCCCAGCACCUCUGCCGUCAACCUAGAAAUACCACCGCCAUCUUACGAAGAAUGCAUGUCUGGAACUGAGCAUAUCAAGGAAUCCAAUGAUUCGAGUUACGUGUUCGGUGCGAACAGACCUUUCGCACCCAGGUAUCCUGUGUUCAACUACCCGACACAGAAUAUACGCAACGAAUGAACGAGAAGUUGCAGGACGAUGGUGAAUCAUUCGUGUGCAACUGAAAAUGAGAUUUACCAGCUGACAAUCUACCUCGACUCUUCGCUAGACUCUUCUAUUUUGUACAAGUUAUCGAACUAUUUUUAUACGUGUGUGUAUGUAUGUUACUAUUUUUCCUACUACGUGUAGUUGUGCGUGUACAUUUGUAAACGAGUAAAUAUGUCUUUGUACGUGAAACGAAAGGAACGCUUUCUGUCUUAUC